AUGACACUCCUCGCUAAGCUGAGAAGGCUUACUCUCCGCCAGAAACAUGCAAACCCUACGCCCAAGAGUCAUAUGCUGAUACCAACACGUGUCCAAAAUAUUGACGUUCUAGAAAAGAGUAAGAGAAGGACUCCUCCGAGAAAAGAGCCCGCCGCUCGGUCACCGCCGAUAACACUCCAAUGCCUCCCACCAGAGCUUCUAACUCUGAUCGUCACUCUCCUCGCACCGAUCGACCGUGCAAGUCUUGCCUUCACAUCAGGAUGGCUUCAUAGCCUAUUCGGGAACGCGACAACACUUAACGGAUUUGAUAAAUGGUUCUUCCUCUGUCGGCUUGAACAAAGCCACAUGUGGCCUGACGAGAUACUAUGCGAUGUCUGUCGAAAAUUCCAUGAACCGCGGAAGAGUCGUACAUUCUUUACUGAAAAGGAGGGCAGGCGGACAUGUGUUCUCAAUGGCGCUGCGCAUGUGCAGCGGUCGUCUGUAUCGCCCUACCUUUCGAGAGGGUUUCAUUUCGAUGUCAUGUCGGCUAUAUCGAGAUACAACCGUUUCAGACCUGGCGUGCUGCCCCCAGGCGAGCUGAAUGUACAGUUUGUGCGGCCGUUGUUCAACGAUGAAGGCAACCUUAUUAUACGGCUGCAGCAGAAAAUGUAUAUUUCUUCCAUGAAACACAUCCAAAUCAAAUCACAGAAGAUACUGUUUCCGGGAAAGAAUACAGGCCGCCAACCGGAUAAGAUUAUUGAGGGCGUUGAAGCUCUACACCGAACUCUUCAGGAAUCUGAAGAACUUGGUAGUAUUUGUGGGCAUGCUAAGUGGACCGAUAUGUACCCGUUCAUCACUCGACCAGAUGAGGAAUUCAAAUGGCCCGUAGGACAAUGGUCAUUCCGCUACUCAAAAAUACAAGAAUUCGACCUUCCAGGCCAACAGCUACAAGAGUGUCUAUGGACUCACAAGGGAGACUGUUGGCUAAACUGCCACGCAAGAGCCAGACUAGACAGCGCCCUCGAAGGUCGUGUAUGGUCAUGCGGCGGGUGCACAACUGACUACGCAGUCAACGUCAUCCGGCCAGAGAGCUCGUCCGCGAAUUACAUCGUGAUGACAUCGUGGAAAGAUCUAGGGACCUGUUCCAGACGAAAUGAUCCGUUGUGGAAGGAGCAUAUGAACUAUGGUGUUCAUGCGGGGCAUGAACGUACCAUAAUCGGGACGAUCGCGGGUCAGAUUGAAACGUUGGUGAGGGGUCCUGAUGGGUUUGCGCAUUACUUUCCUAAGAUUUCGAAGAAGAGACUGAGGGAAAUAUUCAUCGAUGAGGGAGGGGAUAAGGGGCCGACGCUCAAUGGGAAGGUUGAGGUAGAUUCGUGA